CUAUAAAUACAUACCCUUUGUUCCCACAAAUUGCUUUAAAAGUUUAUUGCAUUCCAUUGCACUUUGUACCAUCAUUGAAAUGGGUGACAUUGAGAAACAACCACAAAAUUCAAAUAUAGCAUUACCAAUAGAUCAUCAUCAUAAUCUUCCACAAACCAAAAACCAAUCCAAUUUCAACUCUCAAAUCAACAAAAAAUCUUCACUAUCCAUCAUCCUAACACAAAUCCAUGCAGGCUAUUUUAGAAUCACUCUAUCUCUCUCAAGUCAAGCUUUAUUAUGGAAGAUCCUACUUGAACCAAUCAAAGAUGCACAUUUUUUAAGACGUGUAUUUACAAUGAUACCCUCAACAGCUUUCACUCUCUUAUGGUCACUAUCCUUAUUCACACUCCUCACACUUUCUUUUCUCUAUCUCCUAAAAUGUUUAUUUCACUUUGAUAAAGUCAAAGAUGAAUUCUUUAACAAAAUUGGUGUAAACUACAUGUUUGCUCCAUGGAUUUCAUGGCUAAUUUUGCUUGAAUCUUCACCAAUUGUUCCACCUUCAACAAUUCAUUACAAAAUACUUUGGUUGUUUUUUGUUGUUCCUAUAGUUAUGCUUGAUGUUAAAAUUUAUGGUCAAUGGUUUACAAAGGGUAAAAGGUUUUUGUCAAUGGUUGCGAACCCGACAAGUCAAAUGCCUGUCAUUGGUAAUUUGGUCGCCGCAGAAGCGGCGGCCAAAAUGGGUUGGAAGGAAAGUGCAAUAUGUUUGUUUUCACUUGGUAUUGCACAUUAUUUGGUGCUUUUUGUGACACUUUAUCAAAGAUUGCCAGGGAAUAAUAAUUUCCCUUCAAUGCUUCGUCCUGUUUUCUUUUUGUUCUUUGCAACUCCUAGUAUAGCUAGCUUGGCUUGGCAUUCUAUUUGUGGAUACUAUGAUAGUGGUUCUAAGAUGCUCUUCUUUCUCUCACUCUUCCUUUUCUUGUCCCUGGUUUCAAGACCUUUGCUAUUUAAGAAAUCAAUGAAGAAAUUCAGUGUGGCAUGGUGGGCUUAUUCAUUUCCUCUAACAGCUUUGGCAAUAGCUUCAGCACAAUAUGCACAUGAAGUUAAGGGAGUAAUGGCUCAUGCAAUUAUGUUAGUAUUAUCAUUAAUCUCUGUUUUGGUGUGUCUCAUCUUAAUGAUUGUCUCUGCUCUCAACAUUAGAAUGCCUUUAAUUACUCGCAACCUUGAUUCAAAACACAAAAGUAACACUCCAACAACUUGAUCAACAUUAUUAAUUAGUUAUUAAUUGGAAAGCUCAACUUCUGGAAUUGUAGAUCAUGUGUAAAAAUAUCAAUAUCUAACUGCAUCAAGAGAUUUUAGGCUAAUAUUUAUCAACAUUGUUAUUGUAAUUAAACUAAUUUUUAUUUCUUGUAAUUGAACUACAAUACUCCUCCAUAAAUUAGUA